AUGUCUUCUGCUCAAUGUUGGUACGAUAAGCUCAACGACGCACAGAAAAAACGUUUCGCAAGAUGGGUAGGAUGGCUGACAACGAAUAAAUUGAACUCUAUCGACAAGAAGAUGUUAUCAGAGGAUUUGGAAACAGUGAAAGAGAAAGAGGAAGCAUGCCUUGCUCUGUUUUGCGAGGGAUUCGAACACUACUUGACGCGUCCCGAGUUUCGUUCCUUCUCAGCCAGAGACUGUUAUGCUUAUACUAUCCAGCGUUUUGAGUUUCUUUCUCCUGCUUUACUGGCACUUAUCAGCGAGAAAUGGACCAUCACUGAUGAUCGCUGGACGCGAUUGAUAGGCUCCCAAGAAGAGUGCGAUAGAAAACUGCGAGUCAUUAGUGUGAUUUGUGAGGCAACUUGUAAAAAGGAGAUAAUGAGCUGCGAUCAAUGGAUGGCUUAUCUACUUCAAAAAACAGAGGAUAUGAUGGUAGACUUUGCACGAGUUUGUAGUGAUAAGGAGCAACUUGAAAUUGUGGUUGUGGAAGAGGAAAAACUUGAGGAUAAACCCAUUACAGUGUCUGUGUCUUCUCAGCGGAAGAGGCAACUCGAUGAUAAUGUGGCUACUGGAAGCCAGACCAAAGCAAAACAGGCUCCAGCUUCUCCUGUUCGGGUUUCAGCUCCGGUUUCCGUGAAUGCAGGGCAAUCAGGAUUCAUUUCAGCUCUAACUUUGCCAGCUCAAGGAGCAGCAGCAAUUGCUCAUCCCCAGCCUAUUCAUGUUAAUGCAGGAAGACCUCCAGGAUUCGUUCAAGGCUUUAUUCCACAAAUGCCACCACCCACGUUCCCAUUACGUUAUCCCAUGCCGUGGUCAUUUGGAUAUCCAUCUCAAUUUUUUGGAAUUCCACAGCCAGUGGCUCAAAACAUCGGGUACCCAUUGCCAUUGAUGCCCCAGUUCUUGCCCCAAUUCCCACCCCAGAAUAACUUCCAGCCAUAG